CUAGCGACACUACUGCCCGAAAUUAGUACAUAAAUCCUAGUUACUUUCAAAGUCACUUUCACGCCAAUGAUCUACUAAACUGGAUUAGGUCGUCAUCCCGUCAGGUUGAUCAGUGGGACUACGAAAAAGACAUCCAACCAGAUCUUGGAAGCUUCUCAUCUUAUACAUUUGAAAUUUGGGAUUGUCAGCUGUUAAUCAAAAUCACAACUACAUCUGAAUUGCUGCAGGUAACCUGCUUUGCACUCGCACAACUCUACAAACUUCGGCCUGUGGUUAGGGAGAUGCUAAUAGCUUAUGCAAAUUGGAUACAAAUCUAACUGAGGACUCGCAUAUCCAGCGCUUAUUAUUUUUGGAUUUUGUAUCCUUUUAAACUUUGUGGAGGAGUUUGAAUCCAAAGUUUUACCUGGUGUAUGAGCAAACAGCUGCGACUGUGAAGGGGUCUCAGGUGAAGGGGGUGAGAGAACAAUCAGGUGUUUUUUUUGGAAGGGUGAGUCAGGCUCAAACAGAGCCACGGUGGAGGACGACCUGCUGGUUUUUGCUGAUAUGGACGUCCAUGGGUAUGACCGCUAUGCAGAUGGGGAUAGGGACAGCUACCAGAUUGAUUACCGGCGUAUCGUGGGGGACAUGGAGCCGGCCAGACCACAGAUGUCAUUACGAGACUCAGAUCAUCACUUCUAUGGCCCGUUUACCCAUAAUACAAUUCAUGGGCAUGGGCAUGGGCAUGAGACAGCUGGUCAGCGGUACAGUGCCACCCGGAUUCAGGCAGGAUAUGAACCAGAAAGCAUGGCUGAUUACCUUAUCAGUGGGGGAACUGGGUACGUUCCAGAGGAUGGGCUGACUGCCCAACAGCUCUUUGCCGUCGGUGAUGGUCUCACAUACAAUGAUUUCCUGAUACUGCCUGGCUUUAUUGACUUCACAUCCGAUGAAGUGGAUUUGACAUCUGCCCUGACCCGGAAGAUAACCCUGAAGACGCCCCUCAUUUCAUCUCCCAUGGACACAGUCACAGAGUCCUCCAUGGCCAUCGCUAUGGCUCUCAUGGGUGGAAUAGGAAUUAUUCAUCACAACUGCACACCUGAGUUCCAGGCCAAUGAGGUCCGGAAAGUGAAGAAAUUUGAGCAAGGCUUCAUUACGGACCCUGUAGUGAUGAGUCCACGGCACACGGUCGGCGAUGUGUUUGAAGCAAAGGUACGGCACGGUUUCUCCGGCAUCCCUGUCACAGAAACUGGCAAGAUGGGAAGCAAGCUGGUGGGCAUCGUUACAUCACGAGACAUUGACUUCCUGUCAGAGAAGGAUUACGAUAGGCCACUGGAAGAGGCAAUGACAAAACGAGAAGACUUAGUGGUUGCUCCAGCAGGUGUAACAUUAAAAGAGGCAAAUGACAUCUUACAGCGCAGUAAAAAAGGUAAACUGCCUAUAGUGAAUGACAGCGAUGAGCUUGUAGCUAUAAUAGCUCGUACCGAUUUGAAGAAGAACAGAGACUAUCCUCUAGCCUCCAAAGACUCUCGUAAACAGCUGCUGUGUGGCGCUGCCAUUGGCACCCGUGAGGACGACAAGUACCGGCUAGACCUGCUCAUGCAGGCCGGAGUGGACGUGAUAGUUCUGGACUCUUCUCAGGGGAACUCAGUGUUUCAGAUCAGUAUGAUCAACUACAUCAAACAGAAAUACCCAGAACUACAAGUGGUUGGAGGAAACGUGGUGACUGCUGCUCAAGCAAAGAAUCUUAUAGAUGCCGGUGUUGAUGCUUUACGAGUGGGCAUGGGCUCUGGAUCCAUCUGCAUCACACAAGAAGUGAUGGCAUGUGGGAGACCGCAGGGCACAUCUGUGUAUAAGGUGGCUGAGUACGCCCGGCGUUUUGGGGUUCCGGUCAUUGCAGACGGUGGCAUCCAGACGGUUGGGCAUGUUGUCAAAGCCCUUGCUCUGGGAGCAUCCACAGUGAUGAUGGGGUCAUUGUUAGCAGCAACCACAGAAGCGCCCGGUGAGUAUUUUUUCUCAGACGGCGUACGACUGAAGAAGUACCGUGGCAUGGGCUCUUUGGACGCAAUGGAGAAAAGCAACAGCAGUCAGAAACGUUACUUUAGUGAAGGUGAUAAAGUGAAGGUGGCUCAGGGAGUCUCUGGCUCAGUUCAGGACAAAGGCUCCAUACACAAAUUUGUUCCAUACCUCAUCGCUGGAAUUCAACAUGGCUGUCAGGAUAUCGGUGCAAAGAGCUUGUCCAUUCUGCGAUCGAUGAUGUACUCUGGAGAGCUGAAGUUUGAGAGGAGGACCAUGUCUGCUCAGGUUGAGGGCGGAGUUCAUGGACUGCAUUCAUAUUCUUUUGUGCCAUUUACGAGAAGUGGUUAUAUUGAACAGAGCAGCAGGGGGCACACAAGAGCUGGACCCAAUGUCCCGUCACCAGCCAGCCGUCACUAAACACAGUUACACAAGUGAUUUCUGCAAUUCUCAACCCCUUGAUCCUUUUUCAUGGGCUGUAUUUCAAGGUUAACUUACCAUCACAUAUACCCUGAACUCUCUGUUGAUUAACCCAGACCAUGCUUACUUGAGUAUAUUCACAGUUAACACACAAGACUUUCUCAACAGAGCGAUGAAUCAACGAGUCACCAUGCAAACCGACGCUAUGAAUAAUCGCACUAUAGUGCUUUCUUCUUCUUUUGAUCAGUGCUCAUUUACUUAUUUGAUGGCAGUGGAAUAUUUCUUUUAUGUUAAUUUUUUGUUUUGUUUGUUUAAUCUUUUAAUCACAGAGAAUAAGAAUUCAAUUUUUUGUGUUGCACCAAUUAUAUAAAAAGAAAUAUCAAAUAUGUAUUUUUUAUUAUAGAAAUGCACAUUAAAUAUAGAUUAAACAUUAAAAAUGAAAAUAAAAAAAACUGUCUGAUUGUAAUAAAAGCCAGCAACAUUACUAAAUGUACAAGGAAAUUUGUUUUGAUUGUUUUUAUUUUGUUUGGGCUUCCAAGAAGGUACUUGACAUAUUAUUUGAGAUAUUAUUUUGAAAAUCCUAUGAAUGUACUGCAUCAUGUGAAAUAUGAGGAUGCAAUGUAUGUGUAUGUAAGAGAGAGGCUUUCUAUGAACAUUUCUGAUAUGUGGGGUAUAUUUUUCCAGUCUGUCUUGGUGGUUCCUUCUAAUUCACAUUGUCUGUUAUUUUAAUAGCAAUAAUACUUUUUGUGACCAUCAUGUUAUGAGUAAAUCAAGUGCUUACCACUUUGCCAUUAGAGUGUUACCAGUUAAAUUGGAAGGUAAUCUUAAAAAAAAAAAGCAUUUGUUUUCCUUAUUGUUCACAAUGCUAUUCCGAUUAUCCAGAAAGCAUGAUUAUUUUAUGGACCAGAUUAAGUAUCAGCCUUAAAGUCAGGUAUUCUGUACUGUUACUCUCAUUACACUAGUCAGUCAUGUACACAGACAUUAGAUAUGCUCAUUUCUUUGUUUAUUUCACACAAAAAAGACUGUUGUGUUGUCAUUCUGAAUAUAAUCCAGUUUAUAGAAUAAAGAUUGAGUUUUAUAGACUGUGUUUCCUUUUUUCGUCCUGUAGUAUCCAUUUCUGUCUACUCUGAUUCAAUAUUUUUCUAAACUGUAUACUUUGAUUAAAUCUUUUAAAUGUUAGUGUACCUUUUUCUAAACACAGUAGCAUAAUGAGCAAUGCAAUACGGAGGUUUACAUUGUCAUGCAUAGAAGUGUUGGACCAUUUACUAUUCAAAGAGAGAAAAUGCAUUUGAGAAUUUAAUACAUUUGAAGAAAAAAAAAGAGAAGCCAAGCAUGAGACAAUCUUAAAGUUUCUGUGAUGAUGCUGUCAGUCACAAAUGCACAAGCUGUCACAACUUUAUUACAUCUCCAUGGCUAACAGAGGGCAGUAUUUAAGAAGUGGGAUUAUGGGUACAGGGUAGAAUAGAUCUUAAUGAAGCAAUACAUAUUAAAAUAACAGUUAAAGCUGCGGUCGGUAACUUUUGACGCUCUAGCGGUUAAUAAACAGA